AUGUACGAUCAUUUGAAUGAUGCUUGUAUCAGCACCAGCCGACAGCUUGCUGGUUACAUCACCCUCUUACAGUGUUGGAUAUAUGAGCACUUUCCAUCCGUUGCGGAGUGCAUCACUGAUUCGAACUAUGACGAGGUGUCACCACGUACAUGUAGGUGGAUUACGAUGAAGGAGACUAUGAAGACCAUAUCUACAGCGAUGUACAGGCAGCGUCUGGAUCGACUCAAGAUUCUUGAUGUCUGCUGGAUGCCUUAUGGGGAGCAUCGACUGCCUGCCGAUUCAUGGGAGUCAUUUGAUGAAAUAGACGACAGGUGGAUGCACUACUCAGACCAUCUUUCGCCAGCAACUGAGAUGUGUGUUGUGCCAAGUCAGUGUGCGCCAGACUACAUAGACUGGUUCUUCGUCAUUUCUCAUUCAUUCAUGACCACCACACAGCCAUCAGAUCUGCCACGAGAUGCACCUGCGACACAUCAUGUCGCAUUUGUGGAGCCACAUAGCCCUCAGGUGCCGGAGCCAACAGCAGCAUCGACACAUGCAUGUUCUAAUGUGGACCAACCUAGACAUGCAGUGCGAAGCCCACCGCCGGCGAACUAUCUCUUCCUAGAAGUCGGUAUACUCGUCGUCCCUGAGCUGGAUGCAUCUCUCCCGGAGGAAUGA